CUUACUUGUAUAUUCCAUUCGUGUACAGUUACAAAAAUGGACGGUCUACCUUUUAUACCCGGGUUUCGUUUUACAGACAUAACGAAAAGAGAUCACCAUUUAAGUUCUCAGUUUCGAUGGAAAAACGGAUAUGCUAUUCCCAAAGACAAACCAACGGGAAUUGGAAAAGCCCCCUUAGACGUGGAUUUCAUGCUGUACAGUAAAACAUUAGGUACAACAGGAUAUAAUCCGACACUGACCUAUGGACAAGCAAAAGAUCCGCCGAAACCAAUUGUUCAACCACAUUUCAUUAUGUUUGAUGGAAAAUGUCUCUCCUUCAAUGGAUUCACUCAACAGGCUAUUACAGAAUCAGCUGUGGACACGUUUAGAGUGCGCCGUGUUAAAAUUACAUAUUUCCUGGUUGACGACACUAUUAGCGUAGUGGAACCCGUUGAAGAGAACGCAGGUUAUGUCCAAGGAUGUCUGCUGAAACGCGGCCAGAUACCGAAUCCACACCGCAAGAACAGGACUUGGCAUUGGUCCGAUUUCAACAACGGUGUGGAACUUAGUUUCUACGGAGUUGUGUAUAAAUUGUGCAGUUGCAACUCUUUCACUAGACAAUUCUUGUCGAGCCAGGGUGUGGAAGUGGAUGUCGACAAACCAGUGCCCGACGACCCUUACAUGAGCGCAAGACGGCAACAGUUACUUCAGCAGAAGAAACAACAGUCAGCAACAUUAGCGUUAAAGUUUGGACUUGGAAGUCGGUCGGUGGAAGACGACAAGCUCAAACAGUUUUUGGAGAAUGAUGGCAAAGUUCUCAGAUUUUACGCAGUGUGGUUCGAUGAAGGAUCUGAACCUGCAGAAUGGAAGUUCUUUGUACUUUUGUAUUUCAUGGCUUAUGACCGUGUAGAAAUCUACGAAUCAAAAAACACGGGAAAGAUAUGUGGGCAAAACUCUUUCCCUUUGUUUUUAGGUAAAAUUAGACUACCAAAAGAUUGGUCAAAUUUACCGCCAAAUUUUCCAUCAAUUUAUUUGGAACCUGGAAACAAAGAAUAUGAAGAAUAUUAUCAACCAAAAGAUUUUAUCAUAGGAAAUACAAUUUUUGUGAUGGGUCGUAGAUUUUUACUUUACGACUGUGAUCCAUUUACUAGGGAUUACUUUAAAGAUAUUUUGCAAAUUGUUCAACCUGAUUCUAUUCAAGUCUUUAAACCAAAAGAUAAUUUUCCAACUGUAUCUAAAUUGGUGAUACCGCCUCACACAGGUAUUGGUGAUCCAGAUGAUACACGGCAGAACUGUUUAUCACUAAUACCUAAAGCCCCGAAAACAUUGGAUUUUGUUACAUAUGUACUAAACGCUAGUAAAAAACUAAGAUAUAAAUUGAAGAUGGUACCAGUAUAUGAAGUAGACAAUCUUCGUGAUUUCAUUAUGGAAUAUUGCAUUGGCAAUGAUCAAAUGAGCAUAGUUGAAUUGGCUAGUAAGAAUAGUGGAUUCAUUAAAGGACGGUUCAUGUCAUAUACAAGGUUACGGAAGCCAGGCACUAAUGUAGAUGAAGAUCGAUUUUAUGGAACCAAAGAUUUUGCUAUUGGUGCAAAAUUACAUGUAAGAGGAUCAGUUUUUAUAAUUGUUGAGCUAGAUCUAUGGACGUAUAAUUAUAUGAAUGAAAAUAAGGACAAGUUUACACAGGAUGCUAUUGACAAAGCUAAAUGUUAUCUUGAAAGUAAAGGUUUGAUAAUCACACUGCCAAAACCAGAUGUAAUUAAUCAGAAUUCAAUAACUCGAGAAAUCAGUUCAUCUAAACAUAAUGAAUCACUGGAAGACACUGUUUUCAUUAAUAAAAUUAACCAAUCUAAUAUUAAUAUUUAAUAAUAAUAAUGAUUAACAAUUAUAAUAUAGUAGUAAUUACUUUAAAAUAUAAUGUAAGCAUUUAUUUAUAUUCUAAUAUAAUGAAAAAUAUUAUCAGUUAAAAGUGGAUAACAAAUAUAAAAAAAAUAAGAAA